GCCUCAAAUAAUUUUCUAAAAUUCUGCACUAAUGUAGCACCGUAGUCACUCCUUACGUACGCUACAAUUCAGGCUACCAUUUUGGCUCCUGCUGUAGGCCGCUGUCCGAUUCUCGUCACCAGCCUAGAGAAGGAAUGUUUUGCUCGCUGCUCCUACUUUGACAUAUAUUUUCUCUUGUUCCCUUCUUUCUCAUCGACAGGCGCCAAUACUGAUCGGUCCUUCGAGUCAGACCAGCCUUGCGUCGCAAUCAGAGGGGAGGCAAAUUCGCAACCGGGAAGACGCCCGCUUUUCAAGGUCGACUAGCUCUUCUACCAGCGUUGAAGGGAGACCACCAAAAACGCUAGCAUGAGCCUUAUCCGAUCCACCUGCGAUCGUUGCUACGCCGCCAAAACUCGGUGCACGAAGGAUGCGUCGUCCAACCAGUGCCACAAGUGCUUACGGUCAGGCACAGUCUGCAACUACAGUCCACGUGGCAAGGCGGGCCGUCCGCUCGGUCGCGGGACCGGCCCGUCAAGCCCGUCCAGCCAACACCCAACCUCAGCCAUGAGCAUAGACGAACCAUUCAUCAGCCUAGACCUCUUCAGCGACCUCCCCUCCGACGAGAACACUGCCGCCUACUUGUGGGACCACCCGCCCUGGCUAGACGACUACGAGCAGCCUCAUUUGCCCAUCACUGAGGCGAUACCCAGUGGCCCGAGUACGGCAUCAUCUGCAAGCUCAAAUGCUGCCGCCGACUUCGCCCACCGCUCCACCAGCAGCGCACACAUUGACACCCGUUCCAGCAGCGAGGCGCCUUCUGCCGCCGCUUCGCUCAAGAGCGAGAGCCUGCACAGCCAGCUUGUCGUCACACAGACCGAGCUCAUCGCCUUCUCCGAGUCGCUCGCCGUGUCCUUCAGCAUGACCGACGACAUGGAGGUCAUCUACAGGCUUAGCGCCGAGAUGACCGAGAUACUUCAGCGCUUCAAGGAGAAUGGACUGUGCUACCCGCCAAUACCGAUUGCUAAGUGCCACGGCAUGACCUCUCUGCUCAUACUGGGGUGUUACAGCUAUCUUCUUGAGGCCUAUGAAUUUGCCAUGGAGAAGCUGCGACACGAGCUGCGAGACACGAGCUCUCCCACCGCGAUGCUGCUGCAGCGACAGCAGCGAGCUGCGUCCCCCGAAGAAGCCCCGCAAAUCAACAUUGGAGGCAUCCGGCUGCAGGUAUCGAGAAAGUCGGCCGCAGAAAUCCACCUGCAGCUCGUCUCCCAGACGGCCCAGAAUCUCCGCGAGUCGCUUCGGCAGUUCGUAAUGCACACGGCAGCCCACCGCUGCUCCAUGGACCUGGACAUCGUCGACGAAAGUCCGGCAUCGAACCGGACCGGGAGCCGUGCUGGAGAGACGGGCCGCGGCGACACCAUUGAGAUUCUAACAGAAAUGGCCCAGCGGGAGUUGCGCCGACGAGAAGAUGGUAUUUUCCAGUACAUAAAUGAGAGCGCCGCCCAGAAAACAAGAUGAUGAGAGCCAUCCUUUGAGGCAAGAAGACCUCGGCCUUGCUCCUGUUUCCGUCCUACUGAGAGCACGCAUACGUCUAGACAUUUCUGCCGUAAAUGAAUUAAUCAUGAUCUUGUAGUGCAGCGGCGUACAACUAAAAUUAAUAACGGCCUGCUGAGCUAGGUGGGUUGUGUAGUGCAAACUCUGUGCGAACAUGCUUGACCAUCCGCGGAA